UAAAUCUCUUUAUGGUCUUAUUGUUUCAGAAUUGUGUCGCAUCUAUUAUACAUGAAUGGUUGGAGAUUCGCCAGACAUCGUCGGAGAAGGGCCGAUCUCAGACUUAGGAGAUCUCGAGGGGUGGUGGAGUAAUCACGGUAUCGCGGCAUGGAGUUUCGCCCUUUUCGGAUGCUUCCUACUGAAUGUCACGCUCCUAUUGGCAUUCCUUAUACGUCCGUCCUUACGGACGCUUUCCAACAGGUUUGUGAUGAACCUGACCGUGUCAAACCUGUUGGUAUGCGCCAUCAUGAACCCGUUGCUGAUAAUGGACAGCACGUCGAGGUUGUCCAAUGGGUCGACAGCCGAGUCUCCGUUCAUCAGAAGCAUCUGCGCGACGUCGGAAGCUGCGGUGGCGAUCGUGACCACGUCCUCGGUCCUCUCGGUGCUGCUGAUCGGCAUAGAUCAGUACUUCGCCGUGGUCGACCCCCUCCGAUACCGAGCACGCGUGGACAAAAUGAAAUCUGGUAUCCUGAUCGGUUCGAUCUGGUUCAUCUCGUUGAUAUUCGGUUUCCUCGCGUUCUUCAAUCCAAACCCCCAGAGCUUCUGGCUGACCUGCAUUCCUAGAAACGCUAGCUGGUCCGUCAGCAACGGUUCCUUCGACACUUUCGUAGAGUCUACGAUAGUCCCGGUGCUGGAGGACGAGGCCAGCGAGCAAAAUCAGCUGAAACCAAACGUAAUAGAAACAAUCGACGAGUCCGGGAGAUCGGCCAGCGGCGACGUCGAUCUCGUAGGGAAUAAUACUGUGAUUUUCGAUACGCUUAUCAGUGGUACGGUUACUUAUGGCUUCGUCUACGCCGUAGCGUACGCCGUUUUCGCUUACCUAAUUCCGUUCGUCGCCGUAUGCUGGAUCUACGUAAGUAUUUAUGUGGCCGCGCAUAGGAACUCGGAGAGAGCGAGGAGGUCCGGGUCCAGGCCGGUAUUGUCGUCCUCGGCGAGUUUCACCGAAGAGCAUAUCGCGUCGUCCAGGCUUCAACGUUUCCAAGCGGAGACCGUCGACGAUUUUCGCAAACUCCCGAAGAUAUCGAGCUUGUCGUCCAUAGACGAGACCAGCGAGACGAUUCAACCGGCCGGGCAAUUGUCUCGUCGACGGUCUUUCUCGUCUUCGUUGGAGCUAGGCAUGGGUGCGGCUUCCGGGGAAGGUAAGACGUCUUCGGGCAUUGUAUUCACGGUCGGUCUGAAGAGACUCGAAGUGUGUCAUUCGGUGGAGAACGAAGAGGAUCCUACGGGCGAUCGGUCGUACGAGAAUAAUUGUGAUAUCGACGAAGACGCGGAUGAGAUUAAGAAUCGAAGACGAGAUUCGCAGCAGACGGAAGAAUCCACGGAACAGGAGAAACAGGCGCCCAUCGGCUGGAUCUCAGGAACGUUCAUCGACGGGAGUAGCGAUUCCGAGGACGAAGGUUUCGAGUGCUUCGAUAAUUUACAAAACGACUUAAAGCAGUUCGAUCCCUCCUCCGUCUACCCUGUAGAUUUGUUAAACGAGUCAUUAAAGAUUUCGAAAGUCGACGUGGAAACGGGCGUUAAUAACGAGUCGGUAAUAAGACCCGUCGAGAUUGGAGACGACGAAGAAAGAGAAGGACGUUUAUUAGAGGUAGAAACGGCACGACCGGACCUUAGAACGUUGACGGUGGUUCCUUCGGAGCCGAGGUCCAGCCGUAGAUCGUCGCUAAAGACGACGAACGGUUCAUCGGGCGCGUGUGAAAUUAGCUGUAACAAGACUGAGAAUAACAGCGGGACGGAUUCGUCGGCGUGUCUACUGGCGCCUAUAGUUACAAUCACGCCAGCGCCUAGCAAGCACGAGAAUCUGCAUCGCGUGUCGAGCGUCCGGAGCACCUCGAGCUACAUAAACUCGCUGAAAGACCGGAUAAGUAACGGUUCUAUAUUUAGGCACCGGGAGGAGGCGCGGGCUGCGCGGAUAAGCGCUCUGGUAAUCGUGAUGGGUCUGAUAUGUUGGUCGCCGUACGUGAUACUCUUGGUGAUGAAGAAUCUGCCUCGAUCCACUGACCAACAUUUGCCGCACAAGUACGACGUGCUGGCCUCCGGUCUGUUGAUACUGGCAGCGUACAUCAGCCCGUUGCUGUUCGGUUACCGGUCGAAACGCGUGAAACGCGAGCUGAGACGGUUCUUCUGCUUCCGUAAGGAGCUGUCGUACAAGAACAAUCGUAGCCUGAUGGCGAAGAAGGUGCUCAAGAGGCGGCACAGCAGUACUCUUAGCAAUUUCGAGAUGGAGCACAAACACAACAUAUUCAAUUGCAUGUACGGCAGGCCGCGUUGGCCCAAGGAGAAAGUGCAGUUCGUUCAAGUGCCGGACACGGCGUUGGCCGUGGAGACCUGCAGGAGCAGCUUCUCCAGCGGGGCCAGCACUCAGAUCUCUAGUACCUCGACCGAGGAGUGUUGAUGCGCUUCCCAUGACGUUCCUCGCGUUCGAACCCUAUCCUUGACGAACGGCGAGAUAGGAAUUAGAGUUAAACGUAGCGAUUUUACGUUUAACGAUACAACCGUCGGUGAUUAAAGUCACAUCGUCGGAGCUACGACGUUUCGUUAUAUUAAUUCUAAAUUGGUAAGCUGCGAUACUGAUAGAAAUAAUUCGCCGCACGUCCUGGGGUCGACGAGGUUGUUUUAAAUAGGAUUCUACGUUGGAGCUAAUUUUUCUUUUCGCCGCUGAACGUAUUUAAUGCACGAGUCGAGAGAAUAUAUAAGGUGAGAUUUUAUUUGGAAACGUUUUAAAACUAUUUAAUUCAAUGAUACGUUUUGAUAAACGACGUUUUUUUUACUUUACGCCUUCAAUUUUUAAUGCUCUACAUUUUUAUUUAUAUUUAUAUCUCGUGUUCGAUGACAAUUUGCAUGGACCUAGAAACAAAUAUAUAUAUAAAACGAGCAAGAUUAACGUUCUAAAUAUAUGAAGCAGGACUUUAGUAUUUUUAACAGUGAUAACUGAAUAUUACAAGAAGUGUUUAUAAUAUAUAUUUAAUUACAAGUCGUUAUUUAUGAAAUAUUCAUUGGAAUUGAUAAAUCUAUCCCUGUUUCUGGGACGCGAUAUUUUUCUAAAAAGGAAAUAGAGAUUUUAAUCGUACAACUAAAUCUGUUUGCGAACAUUUUAACAUUAGAGAAAGAUUUAAUGAUACAGAGUACAUUUUAAUAAUUGCAAGUGCAAUUAUGUCAGAGUACUUUUUAGAUUAAAGUCUGUGAGUAAAAUAUUUGUUUAUGUUCUGUCUGUUUUAACCAGAACUAACGCAGAUUUCACAGGAUAUUCCUUAUCAACCAUUCUCAGUCAAUCUUUAGUCACCUUUGAAGAAAAGAGAUAACAUAAUCGUUAUUUAUACUCUCUUUACUAAAACGUAUAUCAAUAGUUUUCCUUAAUUGCCAAGUUAUUCAGGGACCGAAAUCUAGCAUCUAUGAAAUCACUGAAUGUUUAUUAUACCUAAUAGUAUAAAUUAAAUGUGUGUGCAAUAUACAGUUGGACGUCGAUUAACACCAAACUAAAUAUGAUUCAUUAUACUUCAUACCCUGUUUAAUGAGUAAUACAAUCGACGUUGAACUCUGUUCUGAUGAUCUUUGGGUGAAUAGUCGCCUAGUGAAGUUUGUAGAAUAAUCUAUUGUAUGGUCUUGAAAGUCAAUGGUUGCAUGACAAUAUUUUGGGAAAAUGAGAAAAAUACAACUUCCAGAGAGAAUGUGUAAGCUAGCUCCAACGACUGUAAAUAGUUAAAAGAUAUGAGACGCGAGUGUCAAUCAUUAUCUGCACGAUCACGAGUACACGUGUCAGGCAAUGCACGUUUCACCUGUUAAAUAUCGAGUUUUUUUUUUCCUAGGUGAAACUCCCAAUAAGUAUUAUCAAUAUACGUGAGUAAGUUAUUCGGUGUCCAUACGUAACUCGUUCGAUUAAGUAACUUAACGUAGGAUUUAAUUAACGGUAUCAAUGAUGAGGCUAUACACCGAAGAUGUAUAGAUUUGUUCCUGCGGUGACGUCAAUACUUUUUCACCGCAGGACCCGUGAGAUGAUAAUCAUAUGCAUCGUACAUACUCUAUUCGCGUGGAAGAGAGAGAGAGAGAAAGAGAGAGUAUGCAGUAGAGGCUACAAGUCCUAAAUUACUUAUUCAAGGAAUUGGAAAGUUCGGAAGCUUGGAAAUCAGUAUUUUCAAUCUUAAAACGUUUUUAUUAUUAGACUGCGAAUUUUUUGCAUUUGUAAAAAAAUUGUAUUGGCAGUGAAUAUAAAGAAUA